AUGGCUCAGCCCCAUUCGAAGCAACCUGGAAGUCAGAAUUUUAGUCUCGGGGAUUCUCAAUUUAGAUCUUUAUCACAACCUACAUUUUAUGGUACCAAUUGUUUGCCCCCUUUAAGCCCCUUGCCUCCUAGUGAGUCGUCAUUGGUUUCAUCAAACUCUAAUCUCAAGGGUGCAUCAAUGGAGGAAAUAGAUGUCAGUUCCCAAGGGCCGCCACUUGCGCCUUCUUUUCCAAGGGAAAGCCUAUUUCGUGGCAAUGAUUGUCUGCUCCCUCGCAAAGGGCAUCGCCGUUCGAACAGCGAUGUUCCAUUGGGAUUCUCGGCCAUGAUCCAGUCUUCACCUCAGUUGCUGCCAAUAAGUGGCCAGGGAGUAAUGGGGAGACCAAUUAUCAAGAGAGAGACUUUAGAAAAUGAUAAGCCUGUUAGGAUGAAGAGAUGUGAAACAGAUUCAGUUAGUGAUGGCAGGAGCAAUGCUGAGGGGACGGGUGAGAGGAAAUUGGAGGGAGAGGUUAUAGACGACUUGUUUAAUUCGUUGAUGAAUAUGGAUCGUGUGGACGGAAUUAACUCUUCUGGUAUGGAAAAUAAAGAUAAGGACAACAUUGUUAGUGGUAUGAUGAAUAAUGGUAGUGACAACAGCAAUAUUGAAUUAGAAAGAGUCUCGAGGCACGAGACAAAUUCUAGGGAAAGAUUCAAAAGGAGUGCUCAGGGAGAUAUUUCUCCCCCUGCCCGACAUUUCAGGAGUCUUUCAAUGGAUAGUGCUUUUGGAAAUUUCCACUUAGGUGAAGAGUCACCAAAGUUACCUACCUCUCUAGGUAAUUGGGGGAGUCAGCUUUCACCAAGCAAUUCAGUGAGUGAAAACCCCGCUAAGCUCAACUUGGACUUUGGAAGUGGUGAAUUUAGUGAAGUUGAACUGAAAAAGAUUAUGGCAGAUGAGAGGCUUGCAGAAAUUGCAUCAUCAGACCCAAAACGUGCAAAGAGGAUAUUGGCUAAUCGUCAGUCAGCUGCUCGUUCCAAGGAGCGGAAGCUGCGUUACAUCUCGGAAUUGGAACACAAGGUGCAAACUCUUCAAAUGGAAGCAACCACGCUGUCGGCCCAACUUACUGUUCUACAGAAAGACUAUGCUGAGCUAACAGUUGAGAACAAUGAAUUGAAAUUCCGCCUUCAAUCUCUUCAACAACAAGCCCAACUUAGAGAUGCACUGCACGAUACGUUAACUGCAGAAGUUCAGCGUCUAAAGCUUGCAGAUAUGGAGCUCAGGGAUGAGGGAAGAACGUCUAACUGCACAGGCCAGCAGGGACAGAUGAAGCACCACAUCUUUCAGAAGCAGCGCCAGCAGCCCAAUCAAAUUCAAUGA